AUGCAAGCUUCCAAGCCCCCUAAAGCCUUAAUAAAACAAAUUGUUGUUUUGAUCACAAGGAAUUAUAAACUAAUUCAAUUAAUCAAACAGGAUGUCAAUUAUAAUCGCCUUUUCAUCGUCCUUGCCGUUGACUGUUGGCCGGUUUUCUACAAAGAAAAAACGAAAAAAAACAGCAAGCCUCCAAAAGCCUCUAAAGACCAAACUAGUUCAUGUUUCAGCACCCUUCGAUGUAAUGGCCUUUUGCCCAAUGCCCAAUUGUUUCCGGCGAACCUUUGGCCAAAAGGAGGUGCUGAACUUGUAGAUUCUGUAUUAAUAAACACAAGUUCAGAAUCUACAAGUUCAGCACCUCCUUUUGGACAACUUUUUCGUCCAGAUAACUUUGCUUUUGGACAAAGAGAACCACCACCAAAAGAAACCCACCAAAAGAACCAUCAAAAGCACCACCGCCCCCCACCUCCACCAAAAGAACCACCUAAACCUGCACCAGCAUCAACACCUCUACCCAAAGAGCCACCAAAAGCACCAGCACCGCCACCUCCUCCUCCGCCAAAAGGGCCCCCACAAAAAAAAACAUCAAAAACCCCAGCACCACCACCUCCACCUCCACCAAAAGAAGGUUCACCAAAAGGACAUCCACCCAAAGAAACAACACCUCUACUAAUCCAGAAAGGGAUAUGGAGUAUAAAAUAAUCUGCGUACAGUAAAUUCAGUUUAUCUAUACGCUGCGUCAACUGCGCGGGACAAGGCCUAAUCCGUUGCCAGAAAUUACACUUCGGUCUUGUAAAUCGAUAUCAGAAAUUACGAUACAGCUUUGUGCUGUAUGUUUCUUUUAAAAAAAUUAUAUAUAUAAUAUUGAAGUUUUGUAAGGUGAAGCUGGUUUGUGAGAGAUCGUAAUCGCUUAUUCGAGUUUAUCAACUUUGGAUUGUAGUAGUAUAUAAUUAUUUUCUCGAGUGAGGUUUAUUAAAUCAGAAGUUUCCUGUUUUAAUUUU